AUGAAAGACACCAAACAAACCAAAACAACGUUACCUUUACGACAUCGAAUCCAAAUACUUAGAAAUCGCCUAAAAGACGAGAUAAAACAGCAAAUUUUCGAGAAUGUAGACACGAAGGAUAAAUUCGCCUUUUCUGACGAAAAUUACGACUAUAUUGAACAACCAAACGACAAAAUCACACCCAUCAUUGAUCCGAAAAUUAAAAAACACAGAAAACGCAAAAAUGCCACCGCCGCAAUUCGCGCCAAUACAACGAAGGACGCUAGCGAACUGUCAAACGUGACAGACAGUCAAUUGUCAACACCCAAGUUACUACGAUCGAUAAUUAAAAAAAAUAUAAAAAAGCCGUUGGAUAUUUUUUACCGCCGGAGUUCUCAUGACGUAAAUGAAGCAAUUCCAUGGGCCCACUGUCAUUACAUAAUAACUCCAUACUUGACCGGCGUACAAAAGGACAUAACUACUUCAAAGGGCUUUGGACCUAAGGAUCCCACAGUUGUCAGAUUAAUUCAACUUCUAAGCAUGAAUACGACAGGAAUGGCGAAGGAAGAUAUCUACUCGAUAUUAUACCAAAUCAGCCAUUUGCACAUUCGUCUCUUCCAAUGGGAUGUUCCACCGAUUAAAAUGCUCCUAAACGUUGUCAUAAGAGAAAAGACCCAUAGUUUCCGGACUUUGAAGCACAGCGUUCAAACUCUAUUCUCUGAAUGGAAGCUGGAUAUUAGUAACGCCUCAAGCCUUCUUAAACAAACAAGACUUUUCCGCCCGCCCUGCGUCAGGGUAUCGGACUUGGAUGGUUCAACUAAGUCGCCAAGAAUCACGUUAUACCCAAAGAAGUUGACUCAACCAACCAAAUGCCCAGAUGAUGAUGAUGAUAUAAUAAAAUAA